AUGGAUUCCAGUCUCCUCCAGGAAAUUGAGAAAAUUAGUAAUUUUUUCCAGCGUCUCUCUGAGCAACAUAUAAAACAGGCAGAAACUCCAGAUGCACCAGAACCACAGUGCUGUAUGCCUCUGCCCGCCCACGCUGAGGAGAGCCGACACGAGUCAACGCAGAGCAAAACCAUGCCUCCCGUGGAGCUCACAAUGACUUCUGCAUGCACUAACCUCCCUGGGACAGUUCCCACCCAGGACUUAACAGUGCACCUUCUUAAAGCCCUUGAGAUGUCCCCUGAAGACCUAAGUGAGACUCCUUCCAUGGGCCAGAAAGUGACUUCCUUUGAUCAGAUAAAACACACAGCCGGUUCUCAGAUGACAUAUGUUACUGACACCCCAAAGACAUCACCCACUGAUUGCCUGAAGACAACCAUCACUACAAGCAACAUGACAAUCUCCAGUGAAGGUAGCCUAAGCAGUGACCAGACCCUCAGUGAGAGUCAAACACAAGCCCUGUGUGGAGAUCAAAUGAAGACCCUCAGUGAUGACCAGACUCUCUAUAGGGACCAGAUGACCUCCAGUAGUGACCAGACCCUCACUGAUGGCCAUACAGGGACUUCCAGUGGCGAUGAGGCCCUCUCUGAGGGCCAGAUGAUAACCAGCCUAGGCCUCUAUGGAGGGCAAAUGAUCACUUCCAUUGAUAACCAGACCCUCUGUGGGGAGCAGACAACAACCUCCACUCAUAACCAGGCCCUCUACCAGGGGCAGGUGACAACCUCCACUGAUAACCAAACCCUCUGUGGGGAGCAGACCAUGACCUCUACUGAUAACCAGGUCCUCUACGAGGGGCAGGUGACGACCUCCACUGGUAACCAGGCCCUCUGUCGGGGACAGAUGACAACCUCCACUAAUAACCAGACCCUCUACGAGGGGCAGGUGACGACCUCCACUGGUAACCAGGCCCUCUGUGGGGGACAGAUGACAACCUCCACUAAUAACCAGACCCUCUACGGGGGACAGGUGACGACCUCCACUGGUAACCAGGACCUCUAUGGGGGACAGAUGAUGACCUCCACUGAUAACCAGGCCCUCUACGGUGGACAGGUGACAAUCUCCACUGAUAACCAGGCCCUCUAUGGGGGACAGGUGACGACCUCCACUAGUAACCAGACCCUCUACGGGGGACAGGUGACGACCUCCACUGAUAACCAGGCCCUCUAUGGGGGACAGGUGAUGACCUCCACUGAUAACCAGGCCCUCUGUGGGGGACAGAUGAUGACCUCCACUGAUAACCAGGCCCUCUAUGGGGGACAGAUGACGACCUCCACUGAUAACCAGGCCCUCUACGGUGGACAGGUGACAAUCUCCACUGAUAACCAGGCCCUCUAUGGGGGACAGGUGACGACCUCCACUAGUAACCAGACCCUCUACGGGGGACAGGUGAUGACCUCCACUGGUAACCAGGCCCUCUAUGGGGGACAGAUGACGACCUCCACUGAUAACCAGACCCUCUACGGGGGACAGGUGAUGACCUCCACCGGUAACCAGGCCCUCUAUGGGGGACAGAUGACGACCUCCACCGAUAACCAGGCCCUCUACAGUGGACAGGUUACAACCUCCACUAGUAACCAGGCCCUCUACGGGGGAAAGGUGACGACCUCCACUGAUAACCAGACCCUCUACGGGGGACAGAUGACAACCUCGACUAGUAACCAGACCCUCUACGGGGGACAGGUGACGACCUCCACUCAUAACCAGGCCCUCUGUGGGGGACAGAUGACGACCUCCACUGAUAACCAGGCCCUCUGCGGGGGACAGGUGACAACCUCCACUGAUAACCAGGCCCUCUGUGGGGGACAGAUGAUGACCUCCACUGAUAACCAGGCCCUCUGCGGGGGACAGGUGACGACCUCCACUGAUAACCAGGCCCUCUGCGGGGGACAGGUGACGACCUCCACUUUUAACCAGGCCCUCUGCGGGGGACAGGUGACGACCUCCACUGGUAACCAGGCCCUCUGCGGGGGACAGGUGACGAUCUCCACUGGUAACCAGGCCCUCUGCGGGGGACAGGUGACGAUCUCCACUGGUAACCAGGCCCUCUGUGGGGGACAGAUGACAACCUCCACUGAUAAGCAGACCCUCUACGUGGGACAGGUUACAACCUCCACUAGUAACCAGGCCCUCUACGGGGGAAAGGUGACGACCUCCACUGAUAACCAGACCCUCUACGGGGGACAGAUGACAACCUCGACUAGUAACCAGACCCUCUACGGGGGACAGGUGACGACCUCCACUCAUAACCAGGCCCUCUGUGGGGGACAGAUGACGACCUCCACUGAUAACCAGGCCCUCUGCGGGGGACAGGUGACGACCUCCACUGAUAACCAGGCCCUCUGUGAGGGACAGAUGACGACCUCCACUGAUAACCAGGCCCCCUGCGGGGGACAGGUGACGACCUCCACUGGUAACCAGGCCCUCUGCGGGGGACAGGUGACGACCUCCACUGGUAACCAGGCCCUCUGCGGAGGACAGGUGACGACCUCCACUGGUAACCAGGCCCUCUGCGGGGGACAGGUGACGACCUCCACUGGUAACCAGGCCCUCUGCGGGGGACAGGUGACAACCUCCACUAGUAACCAGGCCCUCUACGGGGGACAGGUGUUGAUCUACACUGGUAACCAGGCCCUCUGUGGAAGCAACAUGGCAAUAUAUAGUGACAACUCGACCCUCUCUGGGGGCCAUAUGCUGACCCUUCAGGCAGGCAAUAUGACAACCCUCACUGGUGACCACAGCCUUUAUGGGGGAUAUAUGACAUCCUGUCAGCCCUCAUUGUCAUACCCAGGAUUCCUAUGCUUUUCAAGUUCCCAUUUGAUUCAAGGACAAGUCUCAGAAAAGCAGAAGACCCAGAGCAGCCAGUUCUGGAAGAAUCCUAAGAUUUCGAAGCCCUUCAUCUGCCCACAUGAGGACUGUAAGAAGUCUUAUUCAAAGGCUUGCCACCUCCGAACCCACAUGCGUAAGCACACUGGCGAGAAGCCCUUCGUAUGUGACGUGGAGGGAUGUACGUGGAAAUUCAUUCGCUCAGAUGAGCUCAGCAGACACAAGAAAAGGCACACUGGGGAACGGCCCUACCUGUGUCCAGUUUGCAACAAGAAUUUUGCACGAUCUGAUCACCUGAAGCAACAUGCAAAGGUCCACAACAUUUGCCCAGAAUUAUGA